AUGAGGGAAUACCUCUAUAUGCCGAUGUAUGUGCGAUGCGCAGCAUUCGUCUCACUCGGAGGAUUCAUCUAUGGCUUCGAUACAGGCUCGAUUGGGCCCGUUACCCUCAUGCCAUACUUCCAAGGCCUAUUCGGCCCCCUCUCACCCACUCUCCACGGUCUCGUCAUAUCUAUGAUCCUCAUUCCUGCCUGUAUCUCCUCCCUAGUAGCUGGCCCAAUUGCAGACAGAAUUUCCCGAACAUACGCAAUUGCCCUUGGUUCAGGUUGCUACGCAGUCGGCUCACUGCUACAGUGCCUCUCUGGUUUUGGAGGCGGGAGAUCUGAGGGUCUCGCAAUGCUGUUUAUUGGGCGAAUAUUCGCCGGAAUGGGCGAGGGAAUCUUCUUAUCUCCCAUCACAGUCUAUGCGGUUGAAGUGACGCCUGGAAAAGCACGCGGGAGAGUUGCAUCCCUGGUGCAGUUGGGCAUCUGCUUGGGUAUCUGUGCUGGGUACUUUAUUUGCUACGGGAGCUUGAGGAUCGAUAGUUCCUUAUCCUGGAGACUGCCCUUUGCGUGUCAGACACUUAUUGCAAGUGGGAUUUGUGUUGGCUGUCUCUUCCUCCCGCACUCGCCGAGGUGGCUUUUCCAUGUUGGCCGCAAAGAAGAGGCACUAGCAGCGCUUGAGAUUCUUGAAAUAACGAAAAAUUCAACUGAUAUCGAGAAGGAGGAGAUACUGACAUUAAUUCGUGAUGAGGAUUAUUCAGACUCCAGAGGAUGGUUCAGGAGGUUGGUUGAUGACACGAAAUUGAUGUUUGAAAAAGAGACAAGAGGGAGGACAUCUCUGGGAGUGUUCAUGAGCGGAAUGCAGCAACUUACCGGAAUUGAUGGACUUCUUUAUUAUGCUCCUGUGCUGUUUACGCAGGCGGGAUUGAGCAGUACAAAUGCUAGUUUUCUGGCGAGUGGUGUUUCGGGCUUGGUGAACGUUGUUUUUACCAUCAUUGCCCAGUUUUUCACAGACAAGUGGGGACGCCGACCAACCAUGAUAUUUGGCAAUGGUUUCUGUGCUGCGACGAUGGUCGCAAUUGGUGGUAUCUAUGCAUCUGGCGCCAACAGCACCGAGCACGGUCGAUAUGCAGUCAUUGCAUUGAUCUACCUCUUCCUGAUAGGAUUUUGUUCAACAACCGCUAUCAUGUGCAGGAUAUAUGUGACUGAAAUCCAGCCAAUCAAGACGAGAGCAGCUGCUAGUAGUCUUUCAUUAUCGGCAAAUUGGAGUGUUAAUUGGGUCGUCGCGUUUACGACACCAAUGUUCCUGGCGAGUUCGUCCUCGGGGCCAUAUUUCCUGUGGGGAGGAUCCACAUUUUUCGCAGUUUUGAUCUUUAUCUUCUUCAUGCCUGAGACGAAAGGUCGCUCUCUCGAAUCUGUCGACCAGGCAUUCGAGACAUCGCCACUCCAAGAUAUGAUAAGAAAACUAUCUGGUAAACACAUGAAUAAUGCUAACCUUGAGACGCAUCAGGGCGUUGAGAGGGUAGAUGUGCAUGUUGAGGGGGAGAAGUAA